GCUUUCGAAAAGGGAGGCGGGGGCGUGACGGACAAAGGCUGCGACGGCCGGAGGUGGAGGCGGCAGGUAAGGGGAGGGUUGGGUGGGGCAGGAUGGCAGGGGAUUGCGAGACCCCCCUCCCCGUCUUAUUAGGGGGCAAGGGGCUGCCUUCAGGGGGGAGGGGGAGACCCCCCAAAGCCAUGGGGUGGAAAGAGAGAAAGGGAAAGGAGGAGAGAAGAAAAGAAAUCUCUCCAACCUUGCAAUGCAUUUUGUUAGCUCUUCUUAUUAAUCUCCAUUGAAUAAAAUGUGCCCUUUAACAAUAAAUAAAUCAAGCCCUUUGUUUACUUCGUGCCAGCUGCUACUUCUGUAUCCUCAAAUCCCAUUAUUAUUAUUAUUAUUAAUUGUGAAAGUGCUCUUGUGCGUUUGGCAUUCUUCGUUUUGGCAUACUUUUGCAUACAGCUCUUAAAUUUUGAUUUUUUUUGUUACUAAAUUAUCAGAUUUUGCAAAUUCUUUGAGGCAACACUCAGUCAAAUCUCUCCUCUCCGUUGACUUCCCAGCCACCCUUUCCAUGAUGUUCUUUCCUUACUGUAUAAAGCUGCUGUAUUACUUAUAUUUUACCCAUUAUAUACAUUAAUUCAAACUUAUUAAACUACCGUUUCUCAUCUGUUGCUAUGCUUCAAGUCUUGCAUAUGUUUUAACGUGACCAUGAUAUAUAUUUUUAAAUAACCCACAAAAUACUUCCAUUCUUCAAUAAAUUUUUUCCUCAUUUUUUUCUUUAAUUCUAGCAGUCUACCCACCUCACCUCAAUUUCGUUUUUUAAUCCCCUAAUUGUGAUUUAGAGAGUUUUUUACUUUUAUUUUCAAUCGCCUGGUGGUCACUUUCCAUUGUCUAGUCUUUGGAAAUACAUUGCUUUACCAUGUUUGCAUGCAGGUCCUCUGGGAUCAUAGUUUGCACGCCCCUGAUCUGUAUAUAUAGCAGUGUUGCAAGAUUUUGUAAGCAUUAUUACACAAACUGUAGCUGCAUACAGACACGCCAUAAAAUUGUUUGGGUUUAAUUAUUUACUUGUGUUUUAUCUUGCAUUUUAUAAUGCGAACUGCCCUGAGAUCUUCUGAUGAAGUGUGGUAUAUAUUUUAUAUAUAACAACAAUAAUAAUAAAUUUUAUUUAUUCCCCGCCCUCCCCGGCCAGAGCCAGGCACAGGGUGGCUAACACCAGUAAAAUUACAGUAAAAACAUAAUGGGGGGGGGACAAUUUAAAAUACAGGUUAAAAUGCAAAGGAUCCUUGGAGCAAAGUCGUGUACUUUAGAUCAGAGGUCCCAAAAUUGUGGUCUGGAGAUCACUGGUGGCCCAUGGCUUGUCUGUAAAAAAUAAAAUUUAAAGCCACACAGCACAUCACCUUCCUCAGAGGUUUUUAAGCAGAGGUUAGAUGGCCACUUGUCAUGGAGGCACGAGCUGAGAUUCCUGCAUUGCAGGGGGGGUUGGACUGGAUGACCCUUAGAGGCCCCAACCCUCUGAUUUGAUGGUUACAGUGGCUGCCACAAGCAGAGAAAACCAUUAAGUGGUUCCACUUCCCAAAGACCUUCAUCUAUUUUCAAAUGAUUCGGGGGGGAGGUGGGGUGUGUGGGAUCCAGUGCCUCAAAUAUGGGGUGUGUAUGCAGCCUGUAUCUAUAUCUUUGUGGCUUAGGGCCCUCGUAUUUACGGGACCGCCUCUCCUGGUCUGCCCUGCAGAGGACCUUAAGGUCCAUGAAUAACCAUAGUUUACAGGCCCCGGGCCCUAAGGAAGUCGGACUCUCCUCCACCAGGGCCAGGGCCUUCUCAGUGAUGGCUCCGACCUGGUGGAAUGCUCUGUCCCAUGAGACCAGGGCCCUGCAGGAUUUAACUUCCUUCUGCAGGGCCUGUAAGACAGAGCUAUUCUGCCUGGCUUUCAAUUUAAACUUAGCCCAAUCUUUUGUUCCCCUUCCUUCCCUCCCCCUCCCCUUUUUAUGAAGGUUACCCGCUCUGGGAUCCCACAGCUAAUUCUCCCCUGGUCUCCUUGCUGGCCCAAAUAGGACUAAUUUAUCCAGCUAGCCCUGGGGAUCAUCUAAUGUUUAUUGGAUGGAUUUCCCCCUUAAAUUGAUUUUUGAAUUCUGAAUUCAUUGUUAUUCAUGUUUUAUACUGUAUUUUAUGCUGGGGGGGGGGGGUUGCAUCAAUUAAGUGUUUUAAAUUUGUUGUUAGCCGCCUUGAGCCCGGUUUUCUGAACCGGGAAGGGUGGGGUAUAAAUAAAAAUUUAUUAUUAUUAUCAUCAUCAUCAUAGGAUUGUAGGGUUAGAAGCAGUGUUAGAAACUCGGGUGUAUAAACUAGGCGCCAAACGGCACCUAUAAUUCAGGUUUGGGUGGACUAGAUGGCUGUUGGGGUCCCUUCCUUCACUGUAAUUCUUUUUUUUUUUUAACUUUAUUCCAAAACUGAAAAAGAAUUACAAACAUCAAAUUCAAAAUCCAUAUUCAUUUUGUCACAUAAGCCUAUUACAUGGUUGACAAGAUUAAAAUAUACCUAAUUGCUAUAGACUUCCCUUUGCUAUAUAUAAAUGCAACACAAUUAGAAAUAUUAUAUUAGAAAUUUUCAUAAAUUCCCCUAGACCCCCCACUCCCCUUCACCCAUGUGUGAUCUCAAUAUAUAUAUAUAUAUUACUUCUUCCAUCUUGUGUUGUUGUAGUUUUCAGUUGAUUCUUUUAUUAUUUCCUUGCUUACCCCUGCACGUUUUACACAUUAUCUAUUAAUAUUCCAGUUCCGGAACCAUAUUUUUUCAUGUAUUCCUUCACUCCAUCCCACUCUUUAAUUAUUCUCUGAUUUGAAUGGCCUCUAAGAGUUGCCGUCAAUUUUGCCAUUUCCACAAACUCACAGAGCUUGCUUUGCCAUUCUAAUAAUGAUGGUAUUUUCUCUCCCUUCCAAUUCUUUGCGAUCAAGAUUCUGGCCGCUGCUGUUGCGUAAAGGAAUACAUUUUUCUUAUAGAAUUAGUAAAGGUAAAGGGACCCCUGACCAUUAGGUCCAGUCGUGGCCGACUCUGGGGUUGUGGCGCUCAUCUCGCUUUAUUGGCCGAGGGAGCCGGCGUACAGCUUCCAGGUCAUGUGGCCAGCAGGACUAUGCCGCUUCUGGCGAAUCAGAGCAGCGCAUGGAAAUGCCGUUUACCUUCCUGCCAGAGCGGUACCUAUUUAUCUACUUGCACUGGCGUGCUUUUGAACUGCUAGGUGGGCAGGAGCAGGGACCGAACAAUGGGAGCUCACCCCGUCGGGGGGAUUGGAACCGCUGACCUUGUGAUUUGCAAGUCCUAGGCUCUGUGGUUUAACCCACAGCGCCACCCACUUCCCUAUAUAGAAUUACCCACGCUGUAAUUCUAUGAUCUCAACUAUGUUGCUUGCUCUUACAGUAAUUCACUUGUCCCAGUUUGCAAGAAGGAGAAACACACACAGUGUGGACUAAGGUGGAGGUUUUUAAACUGUGUCUGCCAACCUGGUGCCCAGAAACCUCCAUGUAGAACCAUAGAUCUGUAGAGUUGGAAAGGACCCCCUGGUCUGACCCCCUUCAAUGCAGGAAUCUUUUGCCCAACGUGGGGCUCGAACCCAAAACUCUGGGUAGCUCAGUUAGUAGACUUCUUCAUCUCUGGGUCGUGGGUUUGAGAUCUACAUUGGGCAAAAAGGUUCCUGCGUUGCAGCGGGUUGGACUGGAUGACCCUCAGGGUCCCUAAGAGUCUUAUGCUCUACCGACUGAGCUAUGAGCCUUUUAGUGCUAGGGGUACAGCUGCUUUGUUGGCUCCUCACCUCUCUCGCCCUGACCUAGCCACUGUGAUCCACGCGACGGUCACCUCCAGACUGGAUUAUUGUAAUUCGCUCUACGUGGGGCUGCCCUUGAGACUGACCCAGAAACUCCAGCAGGUGCAGAAUGCCGCGGCGAGACUCCUUAUGGGGUCCUCGCUGUGAGAUCACAUUCACCCGGUGCUAUACCAGCGGCACUGGCUCCCGGUGGGGUAAAGGAUCAGGUUUAAGGUGCUGGUUUUAACCUUCAAAGCCCUAUGCAGCCUAGGACCCUCGUACCUACGGGACCGCCUCUCCUGGUGUGCCCCGCUGAGGACCUUAAGGUCCACAAAUGACAAUAUUUUGGAGGUCCCGAGCCUCAAGGAGGUUAGAUUGGUCUCAACUAGGCCCAGGGCCUUUUCAGUACUGGCCCUGAUCUGGUGGAACACUCUGUCGCAAGAGUCUAUGGCCUGCGGGACUUGACAUCUUUCCGCAGGGCCUGCAAGAUGGAGCUGUUCCACCAGGCCUUUGGCCAGGGCACAGCCUGACUCCCUCCUUUGGCAAUCCUCACAGAACUUCUAGCCCAAUGGUUGCCAUUAAUCUGAUUUGAACUGAUUUUAUAAUGAAAUGGUUUUAGAAUGUUGUAUCAUUUUACUGUUUUUAGCCGUUCUGAGCCCGGCUUCAGCUGGGGAGGGCGGGAUAUAAAUAAAAUAUUAUUAUUAUUAUUAUUAUUUGGUCUGCCUGUAACAUCUCCGUAUGGGACACGGGUGACAUUGUGGUCUAAACCACUGAGCCUAGGGCUUGCCGAUCAGAAGGUCAGCGGUUUGAAUCCCCGCGACGGGGUGAGCUCCCGUUGCUUGGUCCCUGCUCCUGCCAACCUAGCAGUUCAAAAGCACAUCAAAGUGCAAGUAGAUAAAUAGGUACCUCUCCGGUGGGAGGUAAACAGCCUUUCCGUGUGCUGCUCUGGUUCGCCAGAAGCAGCUUAGUCCUGCUGGCCACAUGACCUGGAAGCUGUACACCUGCUCCCUUGGCCAAUAAAGCGAGAUGAGCGCCGCAACCCCAGAGUCGGCCACGACUGGACCUAAUGGUCAGGGGUCCCUUUACCUUACCUAACAUCUCCGUGGCUUUGCUUUUACGGCGCAGGUCGCUCUGGGUGCAAAAUUGCAAAUAAAACAAAAAUCACGUUUGCGAACCCCUCUCUUUUGCCCCCGGCCAGGCCAGAGGACCCUGAGGGAUGCCCAAAAAGUUCCAAGGGGAGAACACCAAGUCGGCAGCCGCCCGGGCGAGGAAGGCGGAGGCCAAGGCAGCAGCUGAUGCAAAGAAGCAGAAAGAGCUGGAGGAUGCCUUCUGGAAAGACGAGGACAAACACGUCAUGAGGAAGGAGCAGAGGAAGGUGAGCGGGGAGGGGCUGGCUGGAAGGGGGCAGGACAGGGGUCCCCAAAAAAUGCUCUGGCAGGUUGCAAAGGGAAGAGGAGCAGAGCGAGCUGCCUUAGAAACUCAAACGUAUAUGCACCUUAAACCGAGCUUGCGGUCGCCACAGCAGAAUGUCUAGGCGCCUUUUUAAUCUGUGUAUUCAUUUUAUUUAUUAAAUUAGCUAUAUAAAUUAAGUCGGGAAAUAAAUAUGGGCAAAGCCAAACGCCACUGAGAGAAGGCUCUGAAAUAUUCUUGUCUGGAAGCUUGAAUUCGUUUCGUUCCAAAUGGUUUGAUUUGAUGUUUUCAAGUGUUGUCAACUGCUUCGGGGUUAUUGUUUUUCUUUAAAAUACAAAGAGGCAUAGGAAUGAAAAUGUUCCUUAUUGUUUUGUUAUUAUUUGUUAAAUUUGUAUGCCGCCCUAUGCCUGCGGUUCUCAGAGCAGCUGCAGCAGGAAACCGCAAAAUGAAAACACAAAAUACGUCAUAAAAACCCACAACAAGUUCUUCUUUUUUUACUUUUUUAAAACUUUUUUUUAUUAUUUGCUUCAUUUCUAUACUGUAAUAAUAAUAAUAAUAAUAAUAAUAAUAAUAAUAAUAAUAAUAAUAAUUUAUUAUUUCUACCCUCCCAUUCUGGCUGGGCUUCCCCAGCCACUCUGGGCGGCUUCCAACAAAAAUUAAAAUACAGUAAUGCAUCAAACAUUAAAACUUUCCCUAAACAGGGCUGCCUUCAGAUGUCUUCUAAAAGUCUGGUAGUUCUUCUCUUUGACAUCUGGUGGGAGGGCAUUCCACAGGGCGGGUGCCACCACCGAGAAGGCCCUCUGCCUGGUUCCCUGUAACUUGGCUUCUCGCAGUGAGGGAACCACCAGAAGGCCCUCGGAGCUGGACCUCAGUGUCCGGGCAGAACGAUGGGGGUGGAGAUGCUCCUUCAGGUAUACUUGGCCUUUGAGGCCGUUUAGGGCUUUCAAGGUCAGCAGCAACACUUUGAAUUGUGCUCGGAAAUGUACUGGGAGCCAUUGUAAGUCUUUCAGUAUAUGGUCCUGGCGGCCGCUCCCAGUCCCCAGUCUAGCUGCCGCAUUCUGGAUUAGUUGUAGUUUCCGGGUCACCUUCAAAGGUAGCCGCACAUAGAGCACAUUGCAGUAGUCCAUGCGAGAGAUAACCAGAGCAUGCACCACUUUAAAUGGGGGGGGGGGAGCCUCAAAGCAGUUGACAACGCAUUAAAACAACAAAUCCAGAAUAAAACAAAUUCAGGCUUCAAGAAUCUUUUAGAUCCUUCUUUAAUUGGCAUUUUGCCUUCCCCUUAUUUAUUUACCGGCUAGAUUUUUAAAGCUGCCCCAUGGCAGAAGUGGGGUGGUGAGAGUGCUGGAGUAGGACCUGGGAGAUCAGGGUUCGAAUCCCCACUCCAUCAUGGGCAAACUUGGAGUCGGUGGGCAUCUUCUGGCAUUCUUAAGCAGACCAGACACUCUCCGAAUUGCCCAACCUGAGACAAAUAAUGUGGUUUUGUGACUCUCUGACCGGGCUGACUUCCUCUUUCUGAGCAUUUCAGGGCUUAUUCACCUCCCUGGAAUCUGGAAGGGCAGGAUCCGAUCUGGGGUGUGUCUCCCUUUCUUGACCUGAGGCCUGUGACUGCUGGCUCCUGUGUUGUUUUUGCUGGGCCAGCGGCACUGAAGUGGCCUUUCUGGGGCCGUGAAGGUGUGUGUCCUGGGCUACCCAGACAUUGAGACCCCCCUCUCAGCCUCAUUGACGGGGUCCAAAGCAACAGAAAGUGUGACGUUUGGCACCAGCUUAGCUGCAGGAGUUGCCAGAAGGAGGCGUACAAGGCAACAUCCAACCGCCUUAGAGUCUCCACUCAGGAUUUGUUUAGAGUUUUCUCCUGAGCCUUCUCCCAAAUAUAUCCCACAAGGCAGCAGAGAUUUGGGGUCACAGUUUUCCUUCUCCUAGAUAGGAGACCAGCCCCUCACUUGCCUCUACAGCACGGGCAGAAACCGCCUUCUUGACCAUGGGGAUCGCUCUUGGUCUUGUCCAUUCCGUCCGCCGGAGCCUGUCUUCACAUGCAGGGGAAGCCCCUAACUCGCCGAGGGUCUGAGACCCAUCAGCUCCCCUCACCUGGUUCAGCUGGCCAGUCGAAGCCGUUCUGGGAUUGUGGCUGCUGUCGCCUGCUGACAGCUUCCAGGAGCCACAGGUGAAUGCUGAAUGCAGGUGGGAAAACAACCCCAGGAGGAGCACAACAUGUCCCCUGCCAUAAGUACUAUCUCUCCCCUAACACCCAAGCCAAGGCCUGUAGCUCACAGGUAGAGUGCCUCCUUUGGGUGUGUGAAAGGUCCCUACUGCAAUCCCCAGGUAUAAUAAUACCACAACUAAAAAGGUAAAGGGGUAAAGAGACCUCUGACCAUUAGGUCCAGUCAUGGCCGACUCUUGGGUUGCGGCGCUCAUCUCGCUUUAUUGGCCGAGGGAGCCGGCGUACAGCUUCCGGGUCAUGUGGCCAGCAUGACUAAGCCACUUCUGGUGAACCAGAGCAGCACACAGAAACGCCAUUUAGCUUCCCGCCAGAGCGGUACCUAUUUAUCUACUUGCACUUUGACGUGCUUUUGAACUGCUAGGUUGGCAGGAGCAGGGACCGAGCAACGGGAGCUCACCCCGUCGUGGGGAUUGGAACCACCAACCUUCUGAUCGGCAAGUCCUAGGCUCUGUGGUUUAACCUACAGCGCCACCCAUGUCCCUUAAUACCACCACCACCACCACCACCACCACUACUACUAAUAAUAAUAUACUUAUACCCUGCCCAUCUGGCUGGGUUGCCCCUGCAAAAAACCCUGGAGAGCUGCUGCCAGCCAGUGUAACCAACACAGGCCUAGAUGCACGGAUAGCCUGCAUUGGUGUCCAGCAACUUGCUACGAUCCCAAUUUAAUCCAGGCCCUUUGUUUAUACCUUUGAAGGUGACCUGGAAACUACAACUAAUCCAGAAUGCAGCAGCUAGACUGGUGACUGGGAGUGGCUGCCGGGACUAUAGAACACCGGUCCUGAAAGACCUACAUUGGCUCCCAGGACAUUUCCGAGCACAAUUCAAAGUGUUGGUGCUGAUCUUUAAAGCCCUAAACGGCCUCAAAGGCCCAGUAUACCUGAAGGAGCGUCUCCACCCCCAUCGUUCAGCCCGGACACUGAGGUCCAGCGCCGAGGGCCUUCUGACUGUUCCCUCCCUGCGAGAAGUGAGGUUACAGGGAACUAGACAGAGGGCCUUCUCGGUGGUGGCGCCCGCCCUGUGGAACACCUUCCCUUCAGAUGUCAAGGAAAUAAACAACUAUCUGAGUUUUAGAAGUCACCUGAAGGCAGCCCUGCAUAGGGAAGUUUUUGAUGUUUUAUCGUGAACUGUUGGGAGCCGCCCAGAGUGCCUGGGGAAACGCAGCCAGAUGGGUGGGGUAUAAAUAAUAAAUUAUUCAAUCAAUCAGUCAAUCAAUCAAUCAAUCAAUCAAUCUUUAUUACGGUCCAGAGACCCAGCAAAUCAUUACAAAGCAAUGCACAAUUCAGACAGCCUACCUCCAGUUUAACAAGCAUUUUGUUCAGACUUAAAGAUAGGGAUCAUUGGUUCUUGCGACCACCGAUAAUAAUUUCGCCACUGCUAAUGUUCUAGUGUUUGUCCAGUCUUCCAAUAGGAACCUAACAUAAUGAGCCUCUGAUUUUCCCGGGAAAGGUACCAGCAAGCCCUGGCUUGCUCAUAUUUCGCACAGUGCAGCAAAAUAUGUUUUAUAGAAUCGAUGUCUUGAGCACACGAGCAAAGUCUGUCCUGGUAGGGAACUCCUCUCAACCUGCCAUCCAACACUGCAGAAGGAAAGACAUUUAGUCUGGCUUUGGUGAAAAGCCUUCGAUAGUUUGGUUCUGUCAGGUUUUUAAUGUAGGGUGUUAAUUUAAAGACAUGCCCAUAUUGUACUCCUACUGCCAGCAAACUACAGACUGCAUGUGAUCGAAAUCGCAAGUCACUGUGUGUAUUAUCCCAUAAUCUUUUCUUUAACGUCUUUAGGGCACCUUCAUAACCCAGGUAAUAAAGUUGGGCGGGUGACAGACCAAUAGAGGUGGCUUUUCUAUCCAUGGUUUUCUGCCAUUUGCUGACAAAUUCCUCAUUGGUCAGGUGUUGGUACAAACCCUUCCCUAGAUUAAACACUGAAAUCCUGAGCCAAUGUUUUAGGGCAGCCCACCACGCUUUAGUUGAAAUUGGGCACUCACCAGCUUCUAAUAGAAGUAUAAGGGACGCGGGUGGCGAUGUAGGUUGAACCACAGAGCCUAGGACUUGCCGAUCAGAAGGUCGGCAGUUCAAAUCCCCGCAAUGACGGGGUGAGCUCCUGUUGCUCGGUCCCUGCUCCUGCCAACCUAGCAGUUCGAAAGCACGUCAAGUGCAAGUAGAUAAAUAGAUACCGCUCCGGCGGGAAGGUAAACGGUGUUUCCGUUCACUGCUCUGGUUCGCCAGAAGCGGCUUAGUCAUGCUGGCCACGUGACCCGGAAGCUGUACGCCGGCUCCCUCGGCCAGUAAAACGAGAUGAGCGCCACAACCCCAGAGUUGUCUGCGACUGGACUUACCGUAUUUUUCGCCCUAUAAGACGCACCUAGUUUUUGGAGGAGGAAAACAAGGAAAAAAAUAUUCUGAAUCUCAGAAGCCAGAACAGCAAGAGGGAUCGCUGUGCAGUGAAAGCAGCAAUCCCUCUUGCUGUUCUGGCUUCUGGGAUAGCUGCACAGCCUGCAUUCGCUCCAUAAGACGCACACACAUUUCCCCUUACUUUUUAGGAGGGAAAAAGUGAGUCUUAUAGAGCAAAAAAUACGGUAACUAUCAAGGGUCCCUUUAUCUUUACCUUUAACAGAAGUACAGUGGUACCUCAGGUUACAUGCGCUUCAGGUUACAGACUCCGCUAACCCAGAAAUAGUGCUUUAGGUUAAGAACUUUGCUACAAGAUGAGAACAGAAAUCACGUGGCAGCGGCGAGGCGGCAGCAGGAGGCCCCAUUAGCUAAAGUGGUGCUUCAAGUUAAGAACAGUUUCAGGUUAAGUACGGACCUCCGGAACGAAUUAAGUACUUAACCUGAGGUACCACUGUAUGGAGUUGGGGACACAGUUGGGUACCUGCAGCAGAGAUCAUAGAAAUUUUGCCUGAAAGCCAUCCAGCUUAGGCAGGAUUAUUAUGAUAACCAUGAGGACUAGAUAGAAUCUUGUUUUAUCUUUUGGGGAUGGGACGGAGCUUGGGGCAGAGAACCUGCAGGAGCCCCCAGGUUCAUUCUGCAGUGGUGUCUCCUGGAAGGGCUGGGGAAGACCCCCCCCCCAGCAACUGCUGCUGCCACCAGUGCUAGCCAAAAGCUGAGCCAGGUGACCCAGUGGUCUGUGUUACUUGGGUAGACGCUGGAGUCUUCUGAAGCAGGCGAACAACACCUUUCACGCUCCAUUUGGCGAAGGGGCACUUCUCCCUUCUGCCCAGGAGGCGGCAGCAAUGGAUAAAUCUCUCUAGCUGGUUUGGGAGCUUUUGGAAACACAGAAGAGGUUUGUCCCUCUCUUCUGUCUCUUUGGAUGAAUCCUAUAGUGUCUCGUUUCCCUUUUGUGGGGUGGCGAGGGGAGAAAGGGGCGGCAAGGACGCUUGCUUUGCAUGCGGAAGGUCCCAAGGGGGAGGACCAGAGAGCUUAAUUAAAGGCACCUCCGUAAUUCGGGAGCCUUGAAACUGCGCCAGACCAAGGGCGGCGUUGCUCCCAUCUCAACGAGGUUCCUGUUUCAGCCGUGCAUCUCCGUGACAUCGACCUGUCCCCUGGGGCGGGACGCAUCCUUUGGAUCAGACCACCUGGGUUAAUUUGAUCAUGCUUCCAUGGUGACACGAACCCGCUGGCUCCAGGGAUGCAGAGUGUUCUCUCUCUGUUUCCAUCCUCUCUCUCCCUCACUUCCAUCUUCUGUGCGGCAGGAGGUUGGACUAGAUGGCUUUGGGGGUCCCUUUGAGCUCUAUAAUUCCGUGAUCUCUCUCUGCUUCCUAGCCUCUUGCAAGAGCACCUUCCUCUUUUUGGUGAGGAUUCAGCCUCGGCCAGAACGGCCAAUUUCUCCUCUGCCAUUAAGUUUGAGCACAAUGCCGUUUUGAGACACUCUGAAAUCUUUAAUGGGAUGCGAACCCUAUAAGGCCAGCUGCCUCACCUUGAGCCAGAUCCAUUGGAUCUAUCCCAGUAUUGCCCACACUGACUGCCAGCAGCUCUCCAGGGUUUCAGGCAGAUCAUAGAUCCAAUACAAAAAGAAAGUCAUAAUAAAAACAUAACUUCAAAAAAAGCACAACUUGCUGUAUAUCAAGCACCGUUCCAUCAUCCAUUAGAAUAUAAUACUAAGCAGUAAUAUUAAAUACAUAUUAAUAAAUAACACUUAAGAAGUUUGCACCUAGCAGUUACAAUAAAGAAUUGCUAAGCUAUAAUCAAUAAAAAAUAAUGGUGAAUCACAAUGCAUAAAAUGAAACAUACAAAACUACAAAUACCACAAAGUACAAAAAAACCAUGUAAAGCGAUCAAAUUGUUUGUAUUAUAACAUACAUAGAUAGAUAUAGAUAUGAUUUUGUUUGUAUAUCUGAAGGAGCGUCUCUACCCCCAUCGUUCUCCCCGGACACUGAGUUCCAGCUCCGAGGGCCUUCUGGCGGUUCCCUCACUGCGAGAAGCCAAGUUACAGGGAACCAGGCAGAGGGCCUUCUCGGUGGUGGCACCCGCCCUGUGGAACGCCCUCCCACCAGAUGUCAGAGAGAACAACAACUACCCAACUUUUAGAAGACAUCUGAAGGCAGCCCUGUUUAGGGAAGCUUUUAAUGUUUGAUGCAUUACUGUAUUUUAAUAUUUGGUUGGAAGCCGCCCAGAGUGGCUGGGGAAGCCCAGCCAGAUGGGUGGGGCAUAAAUAAUAAAUUCUUGUUAUUAUUAUAUUACUACUAUGUGAUUUUAUAUUGUGAACCUCCCUGAGACCUGCAAGUGUACAGCAGUAUACUACUACUACUACUACUACUACUACUAAUAAUAAUAAUAAUAUAAAACAAGGGCACACAGCUAUUGUUUUUUUAAACAAAUAUAUCCCUGAACUCCUCUCCUCUCUUCCUGGCUGCUUCUGCAGUUCUCAAAGUCAUGGCCAUCACUGCCUCCUGUGGCGGGGAGUUCCACAGUUCAUCUCUCCACCACAGAGGGGAAGACCUUUCUUUCAUCUGCUCUGAAUCUUCAAAUGUUAAAUGAUCUGAUGGCUCAAUUGGGCAAAAUGCGUGGGGAGGGGCGCUUUGAGACACAGCUUUUCCAAUUCGAAAGAGUCUCUGGUCUUAUUGACUCCUGGUCUUAAUGCAUCUCCUGGGCUUUUGGAUUUGUUGAUUGCUAUUGACCAGAUCCAAAGCGCAAACUGCUUUCUGUACCACCUUGGCCAGUUGGGAGGUGUUAACGGGCAUGUUGGGCUUUCCGCGCCGUUGAUCUUGGGCUUAGCUGCGCUUCUUGGCGAAUCGUUGAAUGGAUUGCUGUCUUUGAUUAUUUAGGAAGGCUUGUAUUGCAGGCCAACUUUCCCCAGACUUCAGAUGUUUGGGGCUACAGGUACCAUCCUCCCUGGUAUCAUGCAGCCAGGCUAUCUGGGAGUUAUGGGAAUUGUAGUCCAUGCAGCAGGGGAGGGCCAUAGCUCAGUGGUAGUGCUCAAAAUCCCCCAGGCACGUUUUGCGACUGGCGCGGGCCCAGUUACAGCCACGUGGAGAUCUCUGGGCACCAGGUUGCGACUGGCAUCACCUGGCUGGCCCCUCCAGCUUUCUUAAGCCGGUCAGCAUUUAUCUCCCACCUUUUUCUCCAGGGAGUACAUGGUUCACCCCCCCAUUCCUCCGUUAAUCCCGACAACGACCCUGUGAGGUGGGCUAAGAGGCUGGAACUGACUCCAGGGUCGCCCAGUGAGCUCCAGGACUGAGUGGGGAUUUGAACCCUGAUCUCCCAGGUCUGACACUCUAACCCCUACACCACCCUGCCUUCCUAGAGCUCUUCUGCUAUGGGGCAGCUCUAUAAAUUAAGUAGGUAAAUAAAUACGGGGAAAGCAAACUGUAACCUGCCGAAGGAUCUGAAAUACUUUCCUGAAUUUCUUUUAUUCUGGAUUGUUUUAUUGGACGUUUUAAUGUGUUGAAAACCUGCUUUGAGGGUUUUCUCUCUCUUUCAAAUAGAAAGUAGUAUAGAAAUGAAAUGAAUAAUAAUAAAAUAAAAUCAGUUGCCAAAAAAAGGCUCCUAGACAUUCCAUUGUGGCGACGACAGUAACCUAGGCUUAAGGUUAAGUUAUUUUUCGGAGUUUCUCACACUGGACUUUGCAUUCUGAUUGUCCCAGUCUCAGUCCCCAAAGGCAUCACCAGAUUAGGGGUGGGAAAGACCCCUGAGUCGGAAACCAUUGCUGCCAACCAGUGUAGACAGUGUUGAGCUCAAGUGUUUCUGACUCCGUAUGAGGCAGAACACGGUGCUCCUAUUCAACUCCAUCCUUCAUUCAGAAUCAUGAAGAAGAAGAAGAGUUUGGAUUUGAUAUUCCGCUUUAUCACUACCCGAAGGAGUCUCAAAGCGGCUAACAAUCUCCUUUUCCCUUCCUCCCCCACAACAAACACUCUGUGAGGUGAGUGAGGCUGAGACUUCAGAGAAGUGUGACUGGUCCAAGGUCACCCAGCAGCUGCAGGUGGAGGAGCGGGGAAGCGAACCCGGUUCACCAGAUUACGAGUCCACCGCUCUUAACCACUACACCACACUGGCUCUAGACUGAGGACUAGACUCUUUUCUCUCUCUCCCUCCCGCCCUCCGGUCGCUUUAGGAAGAGCGCGAGAAACGGCGCCUGGAGCAGGUGGAGCGCAAGAAGGAGCUGCAACGCCUCCUGGAAGAAGAGGAUGCCAAGCUGAAGGGGAAGACGCCUAAGCCGCUGCCCCCGGGCAAAGUCACCCGGGCGCAGAUCGACGAGGCGCUCCGGAAAGAGCAGCAGAAGGAGAACGGGGAACCCGGUGAGCGGGAGAUGAUGGGCUAGCGCAGGCAUAGGCAAACUCCGGCCCUCCAGAUGUUUGGGACUACAGUUCCCAGCAUCCCUGACCACUGGUCCUGUUAGCUAGGGAUGAUGGGAAUUGUAGUCCCAAACAUCUGGAGGGCCGGGGUUUGCUUAUGCCUGAAUUAGCGGGUGCUGGGAGUCCAGGUUUAAAAAAGGUAAAGGACCCCUGGAUGGUUAAGUCCAGUCAAAGGCGACUAUGGGGUUGUGGCGCUCAUCGCGCUUUCAGGCCGAGGGAGCCGGAGACAGACAGCUUUCCGGGUUAUGUGGUCAGCAGGAUUAAACCGCUUCUGGCACAACGGAACACCGUGACGGAAACCAGAGCGCAUGGAAAUGCCGUUUACUUUCCCACCGCAGCGGUACCUAUUUAUCUAUUUGCGCUGGUGUGCUUUUGAACUGCUAGGUUGGCAGGAGCUGGGACAGAGCAACGGGAGCUCACUCCAUCGUGGGGAUUCGAACCUCCGACCUUCUGAUGAGCAAGCCCAAGAGGCUCAGUGGUUUAGACCACAGCCACAUCCAGAGCAGAGAGUGACUCACAGAAUGCAGUGUGUUAGAAUGAUGGAGUUUGAAUGGACCCUGAGGGUGGUCCAGUCCCCUGCAAUGUAUUACUGCAUUUUUUAAAAAAAGGUUGACCUCCAGCUAACCUGUUGUUCCAUUUGCCCCCUUCUCUGCCAGGAGAGAAGCUGAAGAGUCACCUUGAGAUGCCCUUGGAAGAGAACAUCAACCGCAGGGUCCUGGAGGAAGGCGCUGUAGAGGCACGGACCAUCGAGGAUGCCAUUGCGGUGCUCAGGUAAUCCACAUGAGAGCUAAGAGCCUAGGAGGCGUCCUGCAGCAGCUGGAUGAGGACAAAGUGGGGCCCGUCUAGUCCAGCAUCCUGCCCUCACAGGGGCCAGUCAGAUGCUCCAAAGCAGGGGUGCCCAAACUUUUUUCAAAGGGCCAGAUUUCAUGAAGUGAACCGCCCAAGGGAGGAAGGCUCAGAGUCCAGAGAGGGGUGGUGGGGCAAUGAUGAGUGGUCAGGGGCAGAAGAGGGACGAGACUGGGAGGAGGAGGUGGCAGAAGCUGAAGAGGCAACAUGGCUUAGUGAGCAGGGAGAGUCUGUGGCAGAGAGAAGUCCAGAAUCGGAGGCAGAAGCUGAAGCAGGAGAGGAGGGAGGCCAGGAGGCAGAGAUGAGUCCGGGUGGUGAAGAGUCACGGAUGUCUCCCCCUCUUAUUGCAACCAGCUCCCCUCCCUGCUAGUCUCCCAGAACCAGGAGAGGCAUGAAAAGGGCGGAGGAGAGGUUGGUUUUGCGCAGGCGCAGUCUCCGAUUGCUUGGGAAAACCCAUGAGAGGAGGAGACCUAGGCAGCUGUCAUGGACUGACUGGAUGCAGAAGAGUGGUGGGAGGAACCUGCUGGGGGAACCCCCAAGGGAAGUCCGGAAUCAGAGGUGGAAACUGAAGCAGGAGAGGAGAGAGGCAGGAGGCAGAGAUGGGUCAGGCUGGUGAAGAUGCCAGGGAGUCUCCCCCUCCUGUUGCAACAAGCUCCCCUCUCCGCUGGUCUCCCAGAACCAGGAGAGGCAUGAAAAGGGCGGAGGAGAGGUUGGUUUUGCGCAGGCGCAGUCUCUGAUUGCUUGGGGAAAACCCAUGAGGGGAGGAGACCUAGGCAGCUGUCAUGGACUGACUGGAUGCAGAAGGGUGGUGGGAGGAACCUGCUGGGGGAACCCCCAAGGGAAGUCCGGAAUCAGAGGUGGAAACUGAAGCAGGAAAGGAGGGAGGCAGAGAUGAACCCGGCUGGGGAAAAGUCGCUAAAUUUAUUCAGAGAAAGAGAAGGCUGAGAGGUGAUAUGACAGCCAUCUUCUGAUAUCGAAAGGGCUGCCCCAUGGAAGAUUGAGCAAGUUUGUUACCUGCUGAUCUGGAGAGUAGGGUCUGAAGUGAUGCAUUCAAAUGACAAAAAAGAAGAAUCUGGCAAAACAUUGGGAAGAACUUCCUGAGGGUAAAAGGAGUUUGACUGUGGAAUUGACUCCCCUGGGCUGUUGUGAAUUCCCCUUCCUUGGAGGUUUUUAAACACAGCUUGGAUGACCAGCUGUCAUGGAUGCUUUAGUUAAGAUUCCUGAAUUGCAGGGGGUUGGACUACUAGAUGACCCAUGGCAUCCCUUCCAACGCUACUGUUCUACGAAUGCAAGAAUCACAGCCAAGAAUCCCUGACAGAUGACCACCCAACCUCUGCUUAAAUCCCUUCCCUUCAAUGAAGGAGAGUCCACAACCGCCCAAGGGAGUCCAUUCCACAGUCAAACAGCUCUUAAUGUCAGAAAGUUCUUCCUGAUUUUUAGUCGGAAUCUCCUUUCCUGUAUUAAAGUCAUAGAAUCAUAGAACUGUUAAGGUCAUUUCAAAUCCCGGUUCUGUUUUCUGCGGCAUUAGCUCCCCCUCCCAGUUUGGUGCCACCUGCAAAUUGGAUGAGCAUCACCUCAAUUCUUUCAUCCAGGUUGUUUAUAAAGACGUUGAACAACAACGGGCCCAGGACAAAUCCCCACGGCACCCAACUGGUCACUUUUUCCCAGAAUGAUGGGGAACCAUUAAUGAGUACUCUCAUUAAUGAGAACUGCCAACCUAGCAGUUCGAAAGCACGUCACAGUGCAAGUAGAUCAAUAGGUACCACUCCAGCGGGAAAGUAAACGGCGUUUCCGUGCACUGCUCUGGUUCGCCAGAAGCGGCUUAGUCAUGCUGGCCACAUGACCCGGAAGCUGUACGCCGGCUCCCUUGGCCAAUAAAGCGAGAUGAGCGCCGCAACCCCAGAGUUGUCUGCGACUGGACCUAACGGUCAGGGGUCCCUUUACCUUUAGGUUCGGUCCAUCAACCCACUAACAGUUCCUUCAUUCAACUCACCAGCUUCCUCGAAGAAUAUCAUAGGGGACUUUGUCAAAAGUCUUGUUGAAAUCAAGUCACCGUAUUUUUCGCUCCAUAGGGCGCACCUAGUUUUCAGAGGGGGAAAUCAAGGGAAAAAAUAUGGUCCCCCCCCCCCCAGCUCUGGGAGCAGCGGACAGGCCUGUGUGCUUCUCCCAGACCAUCUCCCUGCUUUUGCAGGAGGUGGGGGAAUUCCCCCAUCUCCCGCAAAAGCCCACAGGAGCCGCUCACCCUUUAAGGAGUGCACGGCUCCUGCGGGCUUUUCGACCAGGAGGGAGAAGGGACUGACAUGGCCAGUCAUUCCUUUCUCCCUCCUCAGGGAAAAGCCUCAAAGAGGUCGGGGAGCAGCGCAAAGGCGGCGCGCUGCCUUUCCCCUGAGCUUGUAGGGCUGGCAGUGGGGUGAAGCGCUGCUUUCCCCCACCACCAGCCUCAAAGAUCCCUAAAGCCUUUGGAGCGCAGCGGGACCUUGUGCUGUGCUCCAAAGGCUUCGGGUUCUUUUCGCUGACCCAAAGCCUUUGGAGCACAGCGCGAGUUCCCGCUGCACUCCAAAAGCUUGAGGCUUCUCGGAUAGGCUUUGUAGCGCUCCGUCUCCCUGUUCUGGCUUUGGGCUUAGCCGCGCAGCCUGCAUUCGCUCUGUAGGACACGUACACAUUUCCCCUUAAUUUUUGGAGGGGAAAAAGUGCGUCCUAUAGAGCGAAAAAUACGGUAUACUAUGUGCAGCAUUCCCCUGAUCCACUAAGCUUGUAACUAGAUAAUCCUUGGUUCCAGCUCUGCAGUUCUGCCAUGUCUGUGAUUCUCAUUUCUCCCCCCCACCUCCAGCGUUGCCGACGACCUGGACCGCCACCCCGAGCGCCGGAUGAAGGCCGCCUUCACGGCUUUCGAGGAGGUUCAACUGCCGCGGCUGAAGCAGGAGAACCCCAACAUGCGCCUCUCGCAGCUGAAGCAGCUCCUCAAGAAAGAGUGGAUGAAGUCGCCCGAGAACCCCAUGAACCAGCGGCACACGGCUUACAACAGCCAGAAAUGAGACUGGUGAAGCCCCCCAUGUGUGGGCGUGGGAAGCAGUGCAGGGAGAAAGAGAGAGAGACCACCUCCUUUUCCCGCCCCCCAACACUGAACCGCCUUUCAAGAGCAGCCAAGGCCACGGUGGUCCCUCCAAGCUCCGCUCUACGGAUUAAAAUUAAGGUGCAACUAAAUAUUCCCCCUUGCUUUCGUUGACUUCCCCCGUUGGACUCGAAAACCUCUCCCCUCCCCAGACACGCCCCUUAAAUUUGGGUUUCCUGAUCUCCUGCGGAAGCAGGCUCAAAUUGGCUCCGAAACCUUUCCUGCCGGGCCAGAUGGGAUUGCCCCGGGUACCUAACCUUCUUCCUCUCUCUGGGACGGUGCUGUCUUCACCUGCCUCUUUGUGCUUUGGAUUGGGGGGCUGGGGGAGACUCAGGCGUAGCAAAAAUCUGUGCCACCCCCUUCUCUUCCUAACCCCAGAGGGCAACACUUUGCUCUGCCACGUCGCGUCUCAAGACGGGCGCUAGUUCUUCUUUAGAGGUCAUUAUGUCUUCCAAGAUUGGGUUGUGGGUCAGUGGGGCAGGCGUGAAAGCCCUUGCAGGUGAAACAACAAAGAAAUACCGCCCCCCAGCAUUGCAGAAGCGAGAAAAAGCGGGGGCAGAUCACUUUGCCAUGCUAGCCGCCUUAGGGAGAGGAGUUCUUCCUUAGCCUUCCAGUUUUCCAAACUGGCCUUUUACUCUGUUUGUGGAGGGCGGUUUGGUGCAGAGGAUCCGUUCAGCAACAACCGCGAGCCCCCUCCCCAAUCCUGCAAGCCUCUUCUCGUGACCCAAAGUAGGGUGGCCCCCUCUGUAAGGAGGAGGCCGAGGCUGCCCCUUGCCAGGACUUGCUGCCCUCGCUUAGUUCUUGCUCCGCUUGUUUAUUCAGUGCCUCUAUCCCUCCAGAUACUGCUGCCCUCCAUCUCUUGCCACUGUUGUCCCUGACCAUUGACCCUGCUGGCUGCUGGGGGUCCAGUGGUGUCUUGAAGGCCGCAAAUGUCCCUCCAUCUCCGAUUCAUCUGGCAGCCAUAAGCUGCUUCUUAGGUCAGGAGGGCUGGCAUCGCACUCAGGACCUGGAGGAGUAAGGAGGAGGCGGGGGUGGAAAAUCCUCACACACCCAUCUCAGUGAAGCCUCCGAGCUUGGCAUCACCUUUUUGCAUUCUUGCCGUGCGAUCGGCGCCCCUCUUUUGACUCUCUUAACAACAGACGGUUUCUUUGGGGGGUCUUUUAAAAUCUGCAGGGAGCAUGCACCUCUCAUCUCGCCUCCCCUUACCGCUGCCCCCCUUCUGGCAUGGGGUUUUUCCUUGCUCAGGUGAAUUUGGAACAAGGUGCAACUCGGUGACGUCUUCCUGUUGUUGAGGAGGGCUUUGCAUGAUGAGGAACAGCCUUCCUCGUUCUCCUUGUGCCACAGGUCAGUGGCAGCAGGGCUCUUGUCUUGCCAAGGCACGAACUGACCGCUCAAAAAACAGCGUGUUCCUUUCCCCUCUUUCCUCUGCUGAAUCCAGGAAUGCUUGCUGAGUUUCAGAUGGGGGUGUCAGAGCAGCAGGGGACACCCAUUUUUCUCUGUGUGUGUGUGUGUGUGUGUGUGUGUGUGUGUACGCAAACUGGCCUACUAAUUUGGCAUCAUCUUCCUCUCUCCCCAGUUUUUAGCACCAGGGUCUUCCCUUUUUGCUCGAUGUGAUCCCAUCUGGCCCCCAAGGACAAUUAUGAGCCCCCCCCCAACCCCAAUUCGCCAGACAUACCCCAGUGUUGCUGCUCUUCUCUGCAGAGAAAAGUUUCAGCAUUAAAAACAAAAAGAAUAUAUACAUAUUGCCCCAAAUUUGUAAACCCAACUUCCCAAAAGGAAUAAAGUGUUUGAACUGUGCCAUCAUCUGAUUUUCCUCCGUUGCUUCUUCUUCUUCAAAAGGUGGUGUAAUUGGAUAUCUCUUUGACGUCUUCUAAAAGUCAUACAGUUGUUUAUCUCCUUGACGUUCUGAUGGGAGGGCACCACUACCAAGAAGGCCCUCUGCCUGGUUCCCUGUAACCUCACUUCUCUCAGUGAGGGAACUGCCAAAGGAACUGCAUCAAACAUUAAAACUUUCCCUAAACAGGACUGCCUUCAAUAUGUCUUCUAAAAGUCUGGUAGUUCUUCUUCUCUUUGACAUCUGGUGGGAGGGCAUUCCACAGGGUGGGAGCCACCACCGAGAAGGCCCUCUGCCUGGUUCCCUGUAACUUGGCUUCUCGCAUUGAGGGAACCACCAGAAGGCCCUUGGAGCUGGACCUCAGUGUCCAAGCUGAAAGAUGGGGGUGAAGAUGCUCCUUCAGGUAUACUGAGCCGAGACUGUUUAGGGCUUUAAAGGUCAGCACCAAUACCUUGAAUUGUGCUCAGAAAUGUACUGGGAACCAACGUCGGUCUUUCAGGACCAGUAUUAUAUGGCCUCACAGCCACUCCUAGUCACCUGUCUAGCUGCCGCAUUCUGGAUUAGCUGUGGUUUCUGAGUCACCUUCAAAGGCAGCCCCACAGAGAACUCAUGGCAGUAGUCCAAGUGGGAGAUAGCCAGGGCAUGUAGGCAGGUAGGGUCUCAGAUGCAGCUGGUAGACAGCAGCCCUGGACGCAGAAUUGACCUGCGCCUCCAUGGACAGCAAUGAGUCCAAAAUGACUCUGUGUUCUUUUGAAAGGCUCUCCAGCCUGUAAAUGGACACAAAAGCCCACCUUGACCAACGCCUCUCUCCCCCACCACGGAUGAACUGGGGUUCUCAACCCUGCAGCAAAAGGCUUAGCCAGAGGAUCCCAUCUAGAGACAUCCCCCAGACGCCUCUUUCUAAUUAUCAUUAGCUCUGCUGAGCCUUUCCUGGGGGGAAAACAAGGCCUCCUAAUUAGGCGGGGUCUGGAGCGGUAAUUGCAGCAUUUACAGAAAGCAGGAAAACAGCAAGCCUUGGAAAGGGGACGGUUAACCCUUUAGAAGCCAAAUGUAUCCCACUUCCUAGUAGUUUCGGGGAGCUGGGUCUCCCUAUCAGGAAGCAGCUCCCUAACUCCCAGGUGUGCCAAGACCACUUCAAAAAGCCAUAUUCACCCAUUCCUAGGUUUCAUCGAAAGCAGUGGAGGGCCGGGUUAAAACCUGCUGCUUUCCCUGCAUGUGAAUACAGCCUCCCUGUGGACGAGACAAAGAGUGGGUCCAGUGGUCAAGAAGGCAGUUUCUGCCCUUCUUGUAGAGGGGGUAGGUGGUGCUUGUCCACCUGGGGAGGGAGCCAGUCUAGGAGAAGGAAAACUCUGACCCUAAACUUCCACUGCCUUGCGGCCGGGAUCUCUUUGAGAGAAGAAAAGGCUUAGGAGUAGACCCUCUGCAAAAAUGGAGCAGAGUCCCUAAAGUAGUUGGAUGGCGCCUUGUACGCCUCCUUCCAGCAACACCUGCAGCCAAGCUGGUGCCAAACGUCUUGCUCUGCUUUCCUUUGGACCACAUCAGUGAGCCCAAGAGGCAGGUCUCGUCGUCUGGGCAGCCCAGGACCUCUGUGCACACUGCCCAGGCUUGCUCCCCGGAGAGGUCACUUUGGUGCUGCUAAAACAGCAGUUUGCCUUCACCUCCAGAGGUGUAGGGACGUGGGUGGCGCUAUGGGUUAAACCACAGAGCCUAAGACUUGCCAAUCAGAAGGUCGGCGGUUCAAAUCCCCGCAAUGACGGGGUGAGCUCCCGUUGCUCGGUCCCUGCUCCUGCCAACCUAGCAGUUUGAAAGCACGUCAAAGUGCAAGUAGAUAAAUAGGUACCACUCCGGCGGGAAGGUAAACGGCGUUUCCGUGCGCUGCUCUGGUUCGCCAGAAGCGGCUUAGUCAUGCUGGCCACAUGACCUGGAAGCUGUACACCGGCUCCCUUGGCCAGUAUAGCGAGAUGAGCGCCACAACCCCAGAGUCGUCCGAGACUGGACCUAAUGGUCAGGAGUCCCUUUACCUUUACCAGAGGUGCACUCCGUUGCCUCUCGAGACUGACAGAUGCCAACAACAACAACAAAAUAGGGCUAGCCCUGAAGACAACCCAGUUGUCCUAAUUCCGCCAGGAGGAGGGAGCCAAGGGAACUGAGCAGGAUAGGCUGCCUGGGGCAGCAUUGAGCACAUAGAAUCAUGGAAUUGAGGAGUCGCAAGGGCCCCCCAAUGGCCAUCUAGUCCAACCCCCUGCAAUGCAGGAAUCACAGCUAAAGAACCCCCAGCAGGUGACCAUCACAACCUCCAUUGUUUUUCCCAUUUGUCUCUGGCAUUGAUCUUCUUUUCCUGGCCAUCAUCCAGCCUGAGCGUCUUCUGUUAUCUCUCCCUUCCUGCCCCGAUGUUCCUGCAUCCUCUCAGCAGAUAUGGCAUGCCUUAGCAUCGCUCCCCACCUCUGCGGGGACCGAGAUAACCAGAGCAGAGGCUGAUGCACGAGCGAUAACGGUCCGCCGUGCCGCAGAAGCGCCAACCCCCCCCCAAGGUCGCCCGAAGGACACUGGUUCAGUUCUCCUUUUAAUUUCCUGGUUAAAAAUAAAUAAAUUAGAAAGGGGGGAUUGAAAGCCAGUGCGUGGCUCCAUCCAGACCUUCAGACCUUCUGAGGACCCGAGCCCUGCAAAGAUUACAGAGCUCUGCCUCCAUUAAAACAGCAAAACAAAAUGUUUCUGGAAUUAUGCAAAACCCAAGAUAGCUUUAAAAGAGGAUUAGACAAAUUUGUAGAGAGGGCUAUCCCAGGCUACUAGCCGCCAAGGCAGCAAUGCUUUUCGCAGACUGUAGAGUUGGGAAGGGACCCCGAGAUUCAUCUAGUCCGACCCCCUGCAAUUUUUGCAUACUGGCUGUUGUGAAACUAUGGAACUUCAUCCCGCAGGCCACCCGUCUUGGCUAGGAAGUCGACAGAAAUAAGAGACAAGACUGUUGGAACUU